CACGUAUGGAGUUCAAGUCCUGCGUCUGGUGCGCAGCUCCAUGUCCUGAAACCGGUUCCUACAAUAUUUCAGAGCAUCAGGCUCUACCUCUGCCUCUGUGGGGACAUAAAACAUGCGAAACACAAGUCGGAGUGUUUCGAAAACUCCUAACAGUGAACCUCCUCUCCGUGUCCAGGUUGUUUCUCCGCUGAGCGCGCACUCCUCCUCCUCCACCUCCUCCGGGCAUCCGCGAACAUGUCUGCGAGUCUGCCCCCCUCUAAAGCCCUCUACAUCGGGAUGGAGGUGGUGAUCGCCGUGUCGUCGGUCAUCGGGAACGUGAUGGUGGUCCUGGCUGUGCGUAUGAACCGGUCUCUGAGAGAUACCACGUUUUGUUUCAUCGUCUCCCUGGCCUUGGCUGACAUUGCGGUCGGGGCUCUGGUCAUCCCGCUCGCCAUAACCAUCAGCAUCGGACUCAAGACUCACUUUUACAGUUGUUUGCUGGUUGCCUGCACGGUACUCGUCCUCACACAAAGUUCAAUCCUGGCGCUGUUGGCCAUCGCCAUUGACCGCUAUCUUCGAGUCAAAAUCCCCAUGAGCUAUAAGCGGGUGGUGACCCCGCGGCGAGCUGGCACGGCUGUAUUAUUGUGUUGGCUGGUUUCCAUUGUGGUGGGCCUCAUGCCCAUGUUGGGCUGGAAUAACCUGAAGCAUCUUCGUAACAACGGCACCAAUAACACUGGAGACCUUUUGGUGACCUGUCAGUUUGAGACGGUCAUCAGCAUGGAUUACAUGGUCUACUUCAACUUCUUUGGCUGGGUGCUGCCUCCUCUGCUCCUCAUGCUCGCCAUCUAUGUAGAGAUUUUCUACAUGAUCCACAAGCAGCUCAACAAGAAGGUGACAGCGAGCCACACAGACCCCAGCCGUUACUACGGCAAGGAACUCAAGCUUGCCAAGUCUCUGGCCCUCGUUCUUUUCCUCUUCGCAGUCAGCUGGCUCCCCCUCCACAUCCUCAACUGCAUCACCCUCUUUUGCCCCGCCUGUGACAAGCCAAUCUUUCUGAUAUACAUUGCCAUCAUCCUCUCCCACGGAAACUCAGCCGUCAACCCCAUCGUGUAUGCAUUCCGUAUCAAGAAAUUCCGCACUGCGUUCCGGAAAAUCUGGAAACUGUACGUGCUUUGUCAGGAUCCAAUCGGCCGACUUCCUCAGAGAGGGAGUCAGGGAGGACAGAGUCAUGAGAGGAGGCUGAGGCAAAACAAUGAUGAUGACGAUGAUGUGUGACCUUUGGAAACAUAUUGGAUUGCCGAUAACUGUUAAGUUUCACUCCACUAGUUAACUGAGUGGAGAAGACUCAGCCUUAUUUGUAUGCUCGAGGGAUUACUGGUCAAAAUGGCCUUAAUGGCUUGAAGAAUGCCCGAGGGGUGAAUGAGAUGAAGGAAUUUCAUUGUGGACUGUCUCAUCUAAUAGAAGAGGAAGAGGGCGGGAAGACAAAUCAGCAUGCUAGACUGACAUCCUGAACUAAACUUUGAUUUAAAAAAUGAUACAGUUGUCAACUGACCGACAAAAUGUUUUUGAUGUCAUAUGGGAUAAGGGGCUUCUCAUCAGGUUCAACACAAACCUGUUGAGCUUGAAUCAAUAAGUAUAAAACUAUAGCACAUGCAGGAAAGUAGUUGUAUAUGCUGUAAAAACCCAUUACGAUUUCACGUGAAUGAUCUCAAAUAGUUAAGUGUUGCAUUAUGUGCUUAAUUCAGUGGCCUAAAGGACAGAACAUGUAACGAAGAGGAACCAAGGCCUUGUGGUGUGUGACUUGAGAAAACCAGUUGUCAGCAAGCAGGAAGUUUGCAAAACCAGCUUGGUUUUAAGAGGUGGACAGGAACACAGGAGGUACUGUAUCUCUGAGUGCAUGGAUGAAGAAUUGCAGGGAGGACUCAGUUGGAGUAAAUGUCAUUAGAGGCAAGCCCUUUAUAUAUAUAUAUGUACAGUAUGAGGUGUUUUCUAGGGGUUGUGAAGAUUACGUUCAUUGUUAAGUUUCUGAGGCCUUUUGUAUAGCGGAAUGACUCAUACUAGCCAAUAUUUGUAGCUUAAACGGCAUCGUAAUGAAAAUUUAAAAGCUGUGAAUAUAUGGACAGUAGUAAAAACCAUCCACCUACCUAUUAGUUACUAAGUCACUGUAGCUUCGUCUGAUUUUUGAAGCCUACCAAGUCUUGUACAUUAAUACCAUUAACUUUUCUGGUUUACAAUGAUUGUAUACAUGUAUCCUCAGCUCCUUCCCACUAAUCACAGGGGUUUACUGUUCCUUUACGUGAUUCCCCCCCCCCCCC